CUUCUCUUCAACCUCUUUAUUGCCAAUUCAACCAAAAAGCUCGAUACAAGAAUCAGUAAUGGCUCUUUCGAAGAAGCCUUAUGCACACACAAGGAUGGAUUUCGAGGACCCAGAAGAGAAAAAGCAACGGAAAGCGCAGUUCCUGAUCUACAAAGUGUUGGAGCAAGCUGAUGCUCGGAGGAGGCCCUCGCUCCUGAGAGUGAAGUUGUGCAGGUUGAAGGUGAAGAUCGGGCGGCGGUUGAAGAAGUCGAGGAAGAGGAUGGCACUGAUGAUUUCGAAAGCGAGACUCGCCGUUUAUAAGCAGCUCAUGAGUCAAUUGAGGAGCUUGGAAGCUCUCGUCUGGCCUUGUAGAGAGUAGAGACCAAGUUAUUGAUCAGCCUCCAACCUUUUAAACUUGUUCUUGCAAAACCACCACGUAGAAGUGUCCUUUCGUUUUAGUGUCUCAUGUUGUGUAGAAUCUUGGGGGUGGCGUUUGCUAAUUUUACAUUUCUUUGCAGAAAGGAAAAAGGAGGAAAAGUGUAUAGUGCAU